AUGUAUAAACCUCCGAGUGGCGACUUGGAAGGAGAAGUCGCCGAUGCAGAUAAUCUUAUCAUUUGCACCCCACAACGGGGAUCAGGAGCGGGGAUUGAUGUCGAAGGCACUAUGUUUCUGGAGCAGUUUGCUCUCUCUGGGACGCCGGUUACUGUGGGUGUUGAGCGAGGAUCAAGUUCUGGUGGUUCCCGGACUCCAUUGAUGACCCCAAACCAGGCAACAGACAUUGACCAUGCCCCAGAGUCAGAGGACGAGUGCUUUUCCUGGUUCACUCCAAAUGGGACACGCUACUGGUGCCCAGCUGCUCCGGAAAACAUAAAACCAAGAAUCGAGGCCGUGUUUCAGCAAUGGGAAGACGUCCCGGAGAUGUAUGACCUCUACGCAGGUCACUGUGGGUUUUCAACUAGGCUUGGGACAAUUAAGCGAAAGAAAGGAGUUAUCACGCACCGGUACAAUCUGAUCUUCGUUCCGUUUACCGGGGUUGACAACAACAAGCGAUGCGUCACUUUUGGAGCGGGGCUAUUGUUUUGUGAGACAAUUGAGGCCUACACGUGGCUGUUAAGGGCUUUCCUCGACGCGCACAACAAGCAGCCCACCCUGGUGCUAACUGACCAAGACCCGGCCAUGCGGCAAGCAGUGGCUGCUGUGUUUGAUCGUUCACUCCAUCGCCUGUGCAUGUGGCACAUCAUGAAGAAACUACCUGCGAAGAUUACAGGAGAGGUCGCGCAUAACACUGAAUUCAGGGCUGCCGUUCACAAACUGGUGUGGAACAUUUAUAUUAAACCGGUGACAUUCGAGAGGAGAUGGGGGAAGCUUCUAGAGAAGUAUGGGCUUGAAGGUCACGAGUGGCUGAGAGACAUGUACAACAUAAAGGAGAUGUGGGUCCCGGCAUACUUUAGAGAAAUCCCAAUGUCAUGUUUGAUGAAGACUACGUCCCGGUGCGAGAGUUCGAACUCUACGUUUAAGGUGAGCUCGUCCUGGGCGAACACCCUUGUCCAGUUUUUUUUGUGUUAUGACUCCACGAUGGAGUCCCAACGCUAUAGGCAGAGGGUUGGGGACUUCAAGGCGGAUGAUCGCGCACACGAGUUCAGAUCUGGUUUGGCGAUAGAGAAGCACUGCGCAUUAUUGUAUUCCCCGGCCAUAUUCAUCGAGGUCCGCAAAGAGAUCCUGAAGGGCCUUUUACACUGCUAUACUACCGGGGUCGAAGAAUUCGACGGGAGAAAGGUUUAUACUGUUACGCAUUUGGACAAGCGUUCCGAUGUCGUCAAUGAAUUCACGGUUAAAGUGGACCCAGUCGAGGACACUACAACAUGCUCAUGUAACCUUUGGUGCCGUAUUGGAUACCUUUGCAGGCAUAUAUUUUGCGUAUACCGGCAAACAAAGGUGGACGAAAUCCCGGCUAAGUAUGUGGUUAGUCGCUGGGGACGUCACGUGUUGCCGAAGUCGGUUUUCCGUGUAGAAUUCAGGUAUGGGGUAGACUUGUCUCCGGUUUCGUUGACCAGGAACACCCUAGUGGACUGCUUUUCUGAAGCGUUUGAGGCUGUGAUGGGCGACCGGGCAGCGAUGGAGGAUUUCGUUGAGAAAAUCAAAGGCUGGACAAAAGAAUUCAAUGAUGAUCGACGUGGUAAAAGAGUCGCCGAGGCAACAGAGUCACAGGUUAUGGCUGAUAUGCUAGGCGUGGUGGUGGAAGAUGAGGAGAGCACCCCCGUUUCCUACUCCAAUCCUCAAGGCGUACGCAAUAAGGGAUGCGGGACAAACAAACGCAUGAUUGGGCCGGGUGAGAGGGCAGUCCAGAACCACCAAAAGCCCCAGCGAUUAUGCAGAACAUGCAACCGAUUUGUAACCGGGCAUGACUCCCGCAACUGCCCAGAGAAACGCAAGACUGCAGAACCUUAG